GGCUCGCGCUCCGUCAGUGCAGCGCGAGCGGCGCGGGAGCUGCGGGCAGAGCCGGAGGAGCUGAGGGGGUGGUAGCGGUGUGGACUCUUGCGCGUGUGCUCCGCUUCCUCUCGCCGCGGCCGGGGCCGUCUCCUUCCUCCCGCUUUCCUUCCCUUCCUCUCUCCCUUCCGCCUCCGAACGUGGCGGCACCGUCUUCUGUGCCGCGCGGCUUCCUCUAGACCUCUCGGCGCGGGUGAGCUCUGUUCCCAGAGGCAGCUGCAGCUGACCCUGUAGCCCACAGAAGGAAAUAACUGGCAAAGCUCAGCCUUGGUACUGGCACCAUGUCUGUGAAGAUCCAGACAAGCAAUGUAACUAAUAAGAAUGACCCCAAGUCCAUCAAUUCCCGAGUCUUCAUCGGAAACCUCAACACAGCUGUGGUGAAGAAGUCAGAUGUGGAGACUAUCUUCGCCAAGUAUGGCCGUGUGGCUGGCUGUUCUGUGCACAAGGGAUAUGCCUUUGUCCAGUAUGCCAAUGAGCGCCAUGCCCGGGCAGCUGUGCUGGGAGAGAACGGACGAGUGCUGGCAGGACAGACCCUUGAUAUCAACAUGGCUGGAGAGCCCAAGCCCAACAGACCUAAGGGGCUAAAGAGAGCAGCAUCUGCCAUUUACAGAGCUGCAGUGACCUCUGGUGGCUACAGGCCAUGCUGCAGCCUCUGGCCUUUUUGUCCUCACAGGCUCUUUGACUACCGUGGUCGCCUGUCACCUGUGCCAGUGCCCAGGGCAGUCCCUGUGAAGCGACCCCGGGUCACAGUCCCUUUGGUCCGUCGUGUCAAAACUACCAUACCCGUCAAGCUCUUUGGCCGCUCUACAGCCAUUACUACUGGCUCAGUGAAGAUCAAGUUAAAGAGCAGUGAGCUGCAGACAAUCAAGGCAGAGCUGACGCAGAUCAAGUCCAACAUUGACGCCUUGUUGGGUCGCUUGGAGCAGAUUGCUGAAGAGCAAAGGGCCAACCCAGAUGGCAAGAAAAAGGUUGAAAGCAGCAGCAGCAGCAGUGGUGGCGGUGGCGGAACUGGUAAUAGUAGCAGCAGCAGCGCCCGGCCACCAGCCCCGCAAGAGGAUACUGUUUCUGAGGCAGACGUGCCUCAGGGAGAAGCCCAGACUCGAGAUGAUGGCGACGAGGAAGGGCUGCUGACACAUAGCGAAGAAGAACAGGAGCACAGCCAGGACACAGAUGCAGAGGAUGGGGCCUUGCAAUAAGCAGUCUGACAGGAGCAAUGGCCACCAGCAGGAGAAAGGCAUCACUGUCUCAGGCCUCAAGCCAGGCACCCAUGCGGGGUGCUGGACCCAUAGUGGGUACUGCAGGAAAACUGGCAGCAGGCACUCCUCCCCCACGCAUCCCAGCCAGUGCCACAUUCUCUGCAGAUGGAGUUACCGGCCUUCCCUUUCCCUUUCCCUAUGCACCCUCCCUGUCUGCACUGCCCAGGCCAGAGGGCAGAGCACAGGACUUCCCCACACUGUUUUCUCUCCCCAGGACACUCCCAGGCUUGGGUUUUUUCUAUAGGUUUGGGGGGGUGGGUGGUACAGGGAGGGGACCUUGACAAUAAAGAGAUUGGAUCCAAACCUG